AUGGGGGUAAAGAACGAAUACGCGCAGCAUCAACGCGUCCGCCCGCCCCUUGACCAUUGCAACGGGCAAUACAACCCCCAGCCGUCCCAUCUUCCAGGUUACCUUACCUUUUGCCUCUCCAUCAUCCGCCUACCGUCGGAUCUGAUAAAAACGUUGAGCGGGAAGACACCGAGAGGCCAAGCCCCCGAAUCCAACUGCCGGCCGUUCAACGGCGCAAGGCUUGCUUCUGUGUUGCCUGCUCUGAUCAUUGAUGGCUGGGGGUUUCUUUCGAUCCAGUCAAGCAACUCAACCACUCAAUCCAUCCUUGGCUCCUCCACCCACCACCUCAUGGGCUCCCCCCAUGGCAUGCUACAGGACAUAAAACCCAGGUCAGAUUCGCCGGGAAAGCCUCCCCGAGUGCCGCCAUUCCACCAUUCCAUCAUGCAGACGGGUGUGAUGCCAGUUCCAGGACCUGGAUCAUACGAACCCUUGACAUUUCUGAAAUAUCCUACUUCUAGUGCCUUGCCCUUGGAAAACUUGAGCUCUUUUGACUUGCUUCUUCAUGCAAACAUCAUUCGCGGCAUAGAACAAGCUCUGCAUUCUCAAAAGAACGGAUAUGCUGCCAUGCUUCUUUUGCCUGCCGCGAACUCCCUUGUCCCAGUGGAGUUUUCCUCUCCCCAUCUGCGCGUUCGCACUUCUACCCGAACAUCGACGUCACCAGUGCAACCAGAAACCCUUUUCGACAAUGACCUCGUCUCGAACGACAUCCACCUCGGCUCUCUUGCGAAUCGCGCCUUGACCCCAGGGGACCGCCGAUGUCGCCUGCCGGUUUUUCGGGUACGCGACCCCUGCGAGCUAGAAAGCCCACACAAAAGCGGCCGCCCGACUCUGCGCCCGCCCUCUGAGAUCACGCGCUUCAAGGGUGGACUGGCGCGGCAGGCAUCGUCCAAGAGACAGCAGUUUUCUUUCUACUCAACUCUCCUUCAUCAAGUCUCUAUCCGCUACCCAGGCCUAGGAGAAGCCUCGAGCGAGGCCUGUCUGCACAGCAAAACCCGGCAAUCAGCUGGAGGCAUAGAACAACUGAAGCCGCAGCACACCUUUUCAGAACAAAACUCGCAAUAA